GAUGAAGUCAAGUCGAACGAAAAAGUCAUUAUGCAAAAUACACAGAGAGUGCUCCACAACGAUGAACUCUUCUAUACUAGUGUGUUACUGGGGGAUGUUAUAGAGGUGAGCGCUAUGAUUGACAGCGGUUCUAUGGCAUGCACAUUGAGCUCAACAGUGGUGCCACGCCUUGAGAAAGCAGGUGUGCUCAAGAGUGGCUCCCUCAGUCCAACUGAAGUGGUGUUGGUUGGCUGCGGGGGGUUGAAGACCAAGCCUGUAGGUGUGUGUGAAUUGAAUCUGUCUGUGUAUGGCAGCAGUGUCUCUGUCCCUGUUCUAGUAGUGGAUGGCCAACGUGAUGAGCUUAUCCUAGGCAGCAACGUGAUUAAACACCUCAUCAGGGAGCUGAAGACGACUGGUGACUUCUGGGAGAAGAUGUCAUCAUCUGAACACAAUGGAGAUGACAAACUGUUCCGUCUGCUGGCUAAUGUAGAGAGAUGGAAAGGGACUGAAGUGCCAGAAAGAGUGGGCACAGUAAGGCUGAAGCGGGCGGUCACAUUGGAGCCUAUGCAGGAACAUUUAGUCUGGGGCCGGCUGUGUACGCCUCAAAAUGUAUCCGCGGGCAGUGCCGUCGUUAUUGAGCCUACGAGGGCACGCUCAAGACCAAAAAACAUUCUAGUGGGGAGAACAGUAGCGACAUUGUGGAGCGAUGGCUGGGUCCCUGUCAAAGUUAUCAAUCCCUCACCAAAGCCAGUAACGGUGAGACGGAAUGUCAAGAUAGCGGAUGUUUUUCCUUGCAUGGCAUUAGAGGACUUUGACACUGACUAUAUGGAUGGGCCCACUGUCAAACCGGUCCCCCUGGUGCAGCAGGUACACAAAAUGGAUGACAAUCCAGACUUUGACAAUGGUAGUGGAGAUAGCUUGACUGUUGACAGUACCGUCGACCCGCACAGAGUGACAAGUGAGGUGUUGCACGAGUUAGGGUUAGGUGGCAUUGACAUUGAGUCCACUCAGUUGUCGCAACAGUGUAAGGCCAGGCUAGUUCAGCUUAUAGCCCGCUACGAGUCUAUCUUCUCCCGGCACAAACUAGAUUGCGGGAAGGCUACGGGAUAUGUCCAUCGCAUCAGACUCAGUGACACUAAGCCUUUUAGGCUACCUUACCGUAGGCUCUCCCCUAACCAUUAUGACAAGCUCAGGCAGGCCUUGGAUGAGAUGGAAGAGCGAGAGAUAAUCAGGAAAUCCAGCAGUGAGUAUGCCUCCCCACUCGUCCUGGUCUGGAAGAAGUCUGGUGAUCUGAGACUGUGUACAGACUUCCGAUGGCUCAAUGCUCGCACCGUAAAGGAUGCUCACCCUCUACCUCACCAAGCUGAUGCUCUGGCGGCCCUGGGUGGCAAUGCUUUCUUCUCUACAAUGGAUUUGACCUCCGGCUACUACAAUGUGGAGGUGCAUGAAGACGACAAGAAGUUUACAGCCUUCACUUCUCCUUUUGGGUUAUAUGAAUAUAACCGUCUUCCACAAGGACUAUGUAACAGCCCAGCUACAUUCAUGAGGAUGAUGUUGAGCAUUUUUGGGGAUCAACAUUUUUCUAGCCUCCUAUGCUACCUGGACGAUGUGCUGGUUUUUGCCCCGACUGAAGAACUUGGAUUGCAACGCUUGGAGUCAGUUUUUGAGCGUCUCAAAGCCCAUAAUCUGAAAUUGUCUCCAAAGAAAUGCCAUUUCAUGAAGAGGUCAGUGCGGUUCUUGGGGCAUGUCAUCAGUGAAGGAGGUGUGGCCACAGACCCAGAAAAAGUGACGGCUAUUACAGGGAUGACAGAGAAGGAUCUCAUGGAGGAUAACACGGACGUGCCUUCCCAGGGGAAGAUUCGGUCCUUUCUCGGAAUGAUAGUCUAUUACCAGCAGUUCAUUGAGGGGUGCUCCACCAUCGCUAAGCUGCUGCAUGGGCUGACAACGGGGACGAAGGCACCACGCCACGAGAAAGGCAAGAGGAAAAGAGGAAUACAUAGGAAACUCACAGCAGCAGACUGGACUGGUGAGUGCAAACAGGCCUUUAGUCAGUUGAAACAAGCUCUCCUCGAUCAGGUCAUGCUAGCCCACCCUGAUUUUAGUAGACCUUUCUUGCUGUCUGUAGACGCAUCUAGUAAUGGAUUAGGUGCUGUCCUUUCCCAGGUGCCAGAGGAUGGGUCUGCAGCCAGACCGGUAGCAUUCGCUAGCAAAUCACUUACUUAUGCACAGUCAAAGUAUCCUGCCCAUAGGUUAGAGUUUUUUGCUUUACGGUGGGCUGUCUGUGAGAAAUUUAGUCAUUGGCUAAGGGGCAAGCCUUUUACUGUAUGGACAGACAACAACCCAUUAACGUACAUCCUGUCCAAGCCCAAAUUGGACGCCUGUGAACAGAGAUGGGUUGCUAAACUUGCUCCAUUCAGGUUUGACAUCAAGUACAUUCCCGGUCCCAAAAAUAUCAUUGCUGAUGCACUCAGUAGACAGCCAUUUGUGCAGCCGAGCGCUCUCCACCGCAUCACAAGGGUUCCAUACAAGGCCUUGCUGGAAGAAGCUGCGGGAGUACGUGCUGAGAAGGUGCAAGAUGUGUUCCGCUGGUCGACCCACCCAUUCGACCUUGAAAGCUGCUCACCGUCAAUUGAGGCAGAUGCCUGUGAAAUUGUCAUGGACUGCCAGACUACCUCCUAUCCUUCUCCUGGUUCUCUGUCAAAGGAAGCGGUGUCAACAGUCCUGAGGUCGCAAGGGGAGGCUGGGUUACAGAACUGUGCGCUGCUACUGCCUCAGCUCACUCAGUCACUGGUGCCGUCUGAGAUGUCAGAUGUGAGAGUGCUAUCCCGUGACGACCUGAUAUCAAAGCAGCGCCAGGAUAACGCUCUCGCCAGAGUUGUCUUCUACGUGGACAGGGGCCGUAGACCUUCUAGGAGGGAACGUGGCCAUGAACCACUCGAGGCUCUGCGGAUUCUGAAGACCUGGGAGAAGCUCACUCUGAAAAUGGGUGUACUGUAUCGCGUUACCAAAAGUUUGCUGUGAAAGAAGAAGACGUAC